AUGCUCUCUCGCACCGCUGGCCGGAGAGCGUGCCGGUCUUUUUCCUCUCUGAAGCAGGUCCGUCUCAACCAUAAUCAACCACAGAAUGCACAGGACAAUGCCCGAACCACACAUUUUGGCUUUCAAACAGUUCCAGAAGAAACCAAGGAGUCUCUAGUGCGAAAUGUCUUCGACUCGGUAGCGUCUUCGUACGACCUCAUGAACGAUGCAAUGUCGCUUGGCGUGCACCGGCUCUGGAAAGACGAGUAUAUUGCGCUGUUGAAGCCAGGGGCCAAAGGUCCUGUGAAAUGCAUCGAUGUCGCGGGUGGUACAGGCGACAUUGCAUUACGGAUACUAGACUCCGCACGAGAACGUUAUGCGGAUAGGGAAACGAGCGUGGACGUCGUGGAUAUCAACACGGAGAUGCUCAAGGAGGGUUACAAGCGUUUCAAGAAGACCAUGUAUCAUAACACGUCCCAAAUUGCCUUCCACGAGGGUAAUGCGCAAGCGCUGAACGAAGAGAAGUUUCCCUCCAAUACAUACGAUCUGUAUACCAUCGCGUUCGGGAUCAGGAACUGCACGUCCGUCCCGGAUGUACUAAAAGAGGCCUACCGGGUUCUGAAGCCCGGCGGCACCUUCGCAUGCCUCGAGUUCAGCAGAGUGAACAAUCCGCUGUUUGGCGCCCUGUACGACCAGUACUCGUUCUCGGUCAUACCACUGAUCGGGACUAUCCUGACCGGCGACCGCGCGUCGUACCAGUACCUGGUGGAGUCUAUCCGAAAGUUUCCUCCUCAACCCGAGUUCGCGAAGAUGAUAGCAGACGCCGGCUUUACGACCGGCGGGAUGUUCGAAGGCAAAGGUGGCGCUUGGAGAGACUUGUGGGGAGGCAUUGCAUCCAUCCAUACUGGCGUGAAGGUCUGAUGCAGUAGCGGUCGUGUGCACCACCUCGCUUGUAUUAUUGCCUUGUGGUUGCUAGAUUUCUGCACAAUGCAUUGCGUGCUG